CUCGAUCACGUCUCCGAUACCCUCUGAUCUCCGCCAGUACACAUCGCCGCAACUAUGGAUUCAUUAGUGUCGCAGUAUAGCCGACCGGCGUACACAGAGGAAGGCCCGUCAGAGGAAGAGCAGUUGCAGCUCUACAGCGGCACCCCAGAGCUGUCCCUCAAGUUUGCCCUACCACCAGUCGCUCAGUCAGCAUCAUGGCUCCGCGCAAUGACGGACGACUACUCCAACCCCAACUGCCCCAUCAAGAUUGCCCACGGUACCACAACCCUCGCCUUCCGUUUCAAGGGCGGCAUCAUCGUAGCCACCGAUUCGCGUGCAACAGCUGGAAACUGGAUAGCCAGUCAGACAGUCAAGAAGGUCAUUGAGAUCAACAACUGCUUGCUAGGAACCAUGGCUGGUGGCGCUGCUGACUGCCAAUACUGGCUCGCAUACCUAGGCAUGCAAUGUCGCCUCCACGAACUCCGACACAAGCGCCGUAUCUCCGUCGCUGCGGCCUCAAAGAUCCUAGCCAAUCUUGUCUACUCAUACAAGGGCAUGGGUCUAAGUAUGGGAACCAUGUGCGCCGGCGUAACCCCACAAGAAGGCCCCGCCCUCUACUACAUCGACAGCGACGGAACCCGUCUAGCCGGCAACCUCUUCUGUGUCGGCUCCGGUCAGACAUUCGCAUACGGUGUGCUUGACGCACAGUACAAGUACGACCUUGAGGACGACGAGGCGCUCGAGCUUGGCCGAAGGAGUAUUCUCGCUGCUACCCACAGGGAUGCGUACUCUGGUGGUUUCAUCAACCUGUACCACGUCAAGGAGGAUGGCUGGGUCAAGCACGGCUUCAACGACACGAAUCCCAUCUUCUGGGAGACGAAGCUCAAGAAGGGCGAGUUCUCCAAUGUUACUAGUGCGUUGGAGUAGGCGACUGCAAAGUCACUGGAGGGCCUGAAAGUCACCCAAUAGUAGCGCUGGGCGGAUCAAGGCAGAUGGCAGCUCAUGAUUGCUGCAGUGUAGCAUUGAAACAAUAUUACGACU